UUCAAAAAUUGUUGCGCAUUUUAAAGAGUUUUUGAGACCACAACGGGAAUUCUUUAUUUAAAACCGCGGCUGUAUCGUACACUGUAGAUAUUCUCUACUCGCGUAAAUUUUCGGUAUCAGCCAAAAACAUUUUAAAAACCGCGCCCACAAAUGGCGACUACUUCAGUCUCACCUCUCUCUACAUUCCGCCAUCGCAGUCCAAUUAUAUCCACACCAAACCCAUUUCUCUCUCUCUCCCCAAUAAUCAAAACCAGCAAAAUCUCAGCCGUCCACGUCAGCACCACCACCACCACCACCACCACAAUGCCCAGUAGUGACCUUCCCGAAGCUCAGGCUCAUCCGUCGCUGGAAAUCAUCGGCGGAGCAAGCGAGUCAAUCCUCCCAGUUCUCAACGCGACCCUGACCCGAAAUCGGUACAACCCGUUUCCUUUCUUCGGGUGGAAUCGCCACGUGGAGACCAUCUACGCCUCCUUCUUCCGGACCCGCCCUGACGUCAGACUCCGCCGUGAGUGCCUCCGUACCAAAGAUAACGGCUCCGUCGCCCUCGAUUGGGUCUCCGGUGACGACCGUCAGCUGCCACCCGAUUCUCCGCUACUCAUUUUGCUGCCAGGUUUAACGGGAGGGAGCGGGGACUCGUACGUGAGGCACAUGUUGGUUAGAGCGAGAAGCAAAGGUUGGCGUGUGGUGGUGUUCAAUAGCCGAGGUUGUGGGGAUAGCCCUGUCACCACUCCUCAGUUCUAUUCAGCUUCGUUUAUAGGAGACAUGCAUGAGGUGGUGGAGCAUGUUUCUUCUAGGUACCCAAAAGCUAAUUUAUAUGCUGUUGGUUGGUCUCUUGGGGCCAACAUUCUUGUUCGUUAUUUGGGUCAGGAAUCUCAUAGUUCCCCUCUUUCUGGAGCUGUGUCACUGUGUAAUCCUUUCAAUUUGGUCAUUGCAGAUGAGGACUUCCAUAAGGGCUUUAACAAUGUCUAUGACAAAGCUCUUGCUAAAUCUCUCUGCAAUAUUUUCAAGAAUCAUGCUCUUCUCUUUGAAGACAUAGGUGGUGAAUACAAUAUCCCAUUGGCUGCCAAUGCAAAGUCUGUUAGGGAUUUUGAUCAAGGACUGACCCGUGUUUCAUUUGGUUUCAAGUCAGUGGAUGACUACUACUCCAAUUCUAGUAGUUCAGACACAAUAAUGCAUGUUCGCAUACCUUUGCUUUGCAUUCAGGCAGCAAAUGAUCCAAUUGCUCCAUCCAGAGGAAUCCCUCGUGAAGAUAUCAAGGAAAAUCCGAACUGUUUGUUGAUAGUGACACCCAAAGGUGGCCAUCUAGGGUGGGUUGCUGGCGUUGAUGCUCCACGUGGGGCUCCCUGGACUGAUCCUGUUGUUAUGGACUACCUUGAGCAUCUAGAGAGAGGAGCAUUAAAAGGCAUUACAUCUUGUAGUAAUACUGUAGAAGUGGAGCAAUGUACAGAGGGCUCGUACAGCCUAAAAGUUUAGAUGGCAGAUGCUUAGCAUUCUUUGCAUAUUUAUAAAAUAUAUUCAUUUAGAGAUCAUCCUUUCAUAGUUGUUUACAACAAGUUUAAUGAAUAAGCUAAUGUCAUAAAAUUCUUUCCAGUUGUGUACUGUAACUGGAGCCUAGCAUACCCAAACAUCAUUGGAUCAUAUUUUGAAAAUGUUGAAUAAAAUGAAACAAAUAAAGUAUAGAGAUCA